AUGGAAACAUUCUAUAAUGGGAUCAAUUAUUCCAUUCACAUGGUGUUGGAUGCUUCAGCUAAUGGGGCUAUUCUCUAUAAGUCCUACAAUGAAGCCUAUGAGAUUUUGGAGAGGAUUGCUAGCAAAAAUUACCAAUGGUCCAAUGCUAGAGCCUCAACAAGUCAAAAAGUAGUGGGUGUACUUGAAGUGGAUGCAUUGACAACUUUAACCGCUCAAGUUUCAUCAACGACUAACCUUUUCAAGAACACAAGUUUGGGGGGAAUGGUACAACCAGCUGCUAUGGGACAACUUGUUUAUGUGUCUUGUGUUUAUUGUGGAGAUGGGAACACAUUUGAGAGUUGUCCUUCGAAUCCCACUUUGUUGAAUGAGGAGAAAUCUAAAAGCAAAAAUGAGCCCACUUCAAUCCAAAGUAGUGUGGAAAAAGAAAAAAGAGUUGGGAGUUUGAAUAUGUCCAAUACUUACCCUGAAGCAAAUAUUGUAGCAAUUCCUCUGCAAAAUGCAUCAGAUAAGCCAAUGAGCAAGCCACCUCCACCAUUUCCUCAGCGAUUUCAAAAGCAGCAGCAAGAUAGCCCAUUUCGAAGAUUUUUGGAUGUAUUGAAGCAACUUCACAUCAACAUACCUCUGGUGGAAGCUUUGGAACAAAUGCCUAACUAUGUCUUGAAUAAUAUUUUGACAAAGAAGAGGAGGCUUGGAAAAUUUGAAACGGUUGCUUUAACUGAAGGUUGUAGUGCUAUUUUAAAGAAUAAAAUUCCUCCAAAGUUGAAGGAUCCAAGCAGUUUCACAAUUCCAAUUUCUACUGGGGGACGAGAAAAGUUGGGAAUUGGAGAAGCAAGGCCAACUACACUCACUUUGCAAUUAGCUGACCGUUCUAUAGUGCAUCCAGAGGGAAAGAUUGAAGACGUCUUAGUACAAGUAUACAAGUUCAUUUUUCUGGCGGAUUUUAUUAUUCUUGACUAUGAGGAAGAUAGGGAUGUACCGAUCAUCUUGGGGAGACCAUUUCUUGCCACCGGGAGGACGUUGAUAGAUGUUGAAAAAGGAGAGCUCACCAUUCGAGCUCAAGACGAAUAA